GCCACGUCAUCACUAUAUCCAUUCCCCCAAGUCCCCGCGCUAACUUAACGACUUUCCUUUCUUCCAAUAAAAAAUUGGCAUGUCACCAUGACUUUUAUGUUUGAAUUACUCAGUCCCCUCCUUUUCUUCACAUUUUCAGAAGACAAACCACCGCUUAAAAAAAAAUAAUAAUAAUCCCCCGGUGUCGUAAAAACAUGAACCCAAAUCAGACGGUGGAGGAUGAAUCCCAUCCGUACAUCACCGCCGCGAGCCGCCGUAUCCAGCUUCUGUCCCUUCACCUGACCCCGCUUCCACCUUCUCAACCUUCACCCCAGCUCAACAUGCUAAUAUGCGCCAAGGCGGCCAAUAAACUGGAGGUUGACAAAGUCUCUCUCUCAACCUACAUGAGAGGGAAAAACAGGGAUAUUCAAGAGAAAAUCAUUGAAUUUUUCGAGUCAAGGCCCGAUUUACAAACCCCGGUCGGGGUUUCAAUGAAUGAACAUAGGGAGCUUUGUAUGAGACAGCUGGUUGCGUUGGUUAGAGAAGCAAAGAUCAAGCCUUUUAGAUAUGUUGUUGAUGACCCUGCUAAGUAUUUCGCCAUUACUGAAGCUAUUGGGAGUAUUGAUGUAUCUCUUGGGAUCAAACUUGGCGUCCAGUUUAGUCUUUGGGGAGGUUCAGUGCUAAACUUAGGAACUGAAAAGCAUAGGGAUAAAUAUUUUGAUGGAAUCGACAAUCUGGAUUAUCCUGGGUGUUUCGCCAUGACAGAACUACACCACGGCUCAAAUGUACAAGGUCUUCAAACCAGGGCAACAUUUGAUCCAGUUACAGAUGAAUUCAUCAUUGACACACCAAAUGAUGGAGCCAUCAAAUGGUGGAUUGGGAAUGCUGCAGUUCAUGGCAAAUUCGCAACAGUUUUCGCUAAACUCAUUUUACCAACUCAUGACUCCAAAAAAGUUUCCGAUAUGGGAGUCCAUGCUUUCAUUGUCCCAAUAAGGGAUUUAAACACUCUCCAAACACUUCCCGGAAUCGAAAUCCACGAUUGUGGCCAUAAAGUUGGCUUGAAUGGAGUUGAUAAUGGAGCACUGCGAUUCCGUUCGGUUCGAAUCCCCCGAGAUAACCUUCUUAAUCGAUUCGGCGAUGUUUCUCGAGAUGGAAAAUACACUAGUAGUCUCCCUACUAUAAACAAACGUUUCGCUGCCAUGUUAGGUGAACUUGUAGGUGGGAGGGUCGGCCUUGCAUAUGCUUCCGUUGGCUUCCUCAAGAUUUCGGUCACUAUCGCUGUUCGAUACUCCUUACUACGCCAGCAAUUUGGUCCUCCCGAACAGCCUGAAGUCAGCAUUCUAGAUUAUCAAUCACAACAGCACAAGCUCAUGCCGAUGCUGGCUUCAUCGUAUGCAUUUCAUUUUGCUACUCAUUAUUUGGUCCAGAAAUAUUCGGAGAUGAAGAAGAUGCACGAUGAACAACUCGUUGCUGAUGUACAUGCACUUUCCGCAGGCCUUAAGGCCUACGUGACAUCAUAUACAGCAAAGUCAUUGAGUACCUGCAGGGAAGCCUGCGGAGGCCAUGGAUAUGCCGCUGUCAACCGGUUUGGUAGCUUGAGGAACGAUCACGAUAUUUUCCAGACAUUUGAAGGAGACAACACAGUACUUAUGCAACAGGUAGCUGCUGAUCUAUUGAAGCAAUAUAAAGACAAGUUCCAAGGUGGUUCUCUUUCUGUUACAUGGAACUACUUGCGAGAAUCUAUGAACACAUACUUGUCGCAGCCGAAUCCUAUAAUUGCUCGAUGGGAAAGUGCUGAUCACUUGCGAGACCCUAAAUUCCAGUUGGAUGCCUUCAGGUACCGAACCUCAAGACUGCUCCAAAGUGUAGCAGCACGGCUCCGGAAGCACUCGAAAACUCUAGGCAGCUUUGGUGCUUGGAAUAGGUGCCUGAAUCACCUUCUGUUGCUUGCAGAGGCUCAUACUGAGUCUGUCAUCCUUGCAAAGUUUAUCGAAGCUGUGCACAAUUGUCCUGAUGCAAGUAGUAGAGCUGCUCUAAAACUCGUUUGCGAUCUUUAUGCGCUGGACCACAUCUGGAACGACAUAGGAACUUACCGUAAUGUUGAUUAUGUUGCUCCUAACAAAGCCAAGGCAAUCCACAAGCUCACAGAGUACCUAUGUUUUCAAGUGAGAAACAUUGCAGGGGAACUUGUCGAUGGAUUCGAUCUUCCGGCAUCUGUUACACGAGCCCCGAUUGCGAUGCAGUCAGAAGCAUAUGCGCAGUACACGCACCAUAUUGGGUUCUAAUGACUUGCCCCCCGCCCCCCCACCCCCCAACCCAAAAAAGAAAAUAUGCAAUGUCAAUCGCCAUAUGCAAAUAAAUUUAACCCAAAAAGAUACCCAAGUGGUUUCCUUGA